AAAACGUAGUCACUUGGAAUGCAAGCAAAGGAUUAUUCGAUCAAAAAAUGUCAUUUGACUUGAAUAUUUUGGCCAAAGUGGUCCUCAGCAUGCCGUCGUCCAACCAAGGCUGGCCUGAGGAGUUCGGCUUCCUGCUGGGCGGCAAUGGCCCCAGCUACAUCCUGUCGGUGGAGGAGGGCAGCAGCGCUCACCUGGCCGGGCUGCAGGCGGGGGACCAGGUCCUGGAGAUCGAGGGCCACAAUGUGUCAACGCUGGGCCCCCAAGCUGUCGUGGCCAUCGCCCAGACUCAGAAGAACAUCCCUCCCAGCAUCGGAGUGGUGUCCCGCAUACAGCAGAUGGACAUCAUACCGGGUCCGGACGGUCGUUUUGGGUUCACCAUCGUAGGAGACUGCCCCCUGCUGGUGGAGGACUGCUCGCCCUGCUCUCCGGCGGGCCGUGCAGGUCUGAAGGCGGGGGAUUACGUCAUGGAGGUGAACGGGAUCCCCGUCCGGCAGCACGAGACGGCCGCGGCGCUGAUCAAAGCCUCGCAGGGCCGGACGCUCCGCCUGGGGGUUCUGUGUCUCGGCCCGUGGCAGAAACACAGCAUCAGCAUAGAGGACAGUCAGGUGGGAGGAGAGGGAGCGAGGCUGGACCGCAAACACAAAGCUCUGGAGUUCAACAGGAGGGUGGAACAGAUUCUAGGUGAUGAACCCGAAGUGAAAGAGAAGCUCUUCACGGCUCUGAAGCAGUACGCAGCGGAGAAGAGAGUGGAGUGGUUGGCCUCGGUGCUGCCAGACAUCCUGAACACUGAAGAGCACCGACAGCUCAUCUCCAACAUCCGGUAA